CUACUCUUAGUAUGGACUACUGUAUCAAGUUACAUUGCAGAGUGUUUCAUAACCUCGCGAAUUAAAAUGAACCGAACGAAUAUUCGGCAAAUAUAAUACUCGAUGCUCGAAUACUAAUAAAGAAACUUAGAUGCUCGCCACCAUGAAUCAGGGCCUGGCAUCCCUGAUACGCGCUAACAUAGGGACGUCAGGAUGUUCAGCGUCUUCGGUGAUCCAAGCCCGGAAUGCGAGCACAACUCCAGCCAAAAUUGAAAGGAAACCUUAUAGUCCCUUCCAAAAUACUAACAGCAUGGGAGAGUACGUAGUAGCACGAUUAGAUGAUCUGUUAAACUGGGGUCGUAAGGGAUCUAUAUGGCCAAUGACAUUCGGUCUGGCCUGUUGUGCUGUUGAAAUGAUGCACAUUGCUGCUCCAAGAUACGACAUGGAUAGAUAUGGAGUGGUAUUCAGAGCUUCCCCGAGGCAAUCGGAUGUUAUUAUAGUAGCUGGCACGCUUACGAACAAAAUGGCUCCAGCAUUGAGGAGAAUAUACGAUCAAAUGCCUGAACCACGAUGGGUUAUUUCUAUGGGGAGCUGUGCCAAUGGAGGUGGAUAUUACCAUUACAGUUAUUCUGUUGUGAGGGGAUGUGACAGAAUUAUACCUGUGGACAUAUACGUACCAGGAUGUCCCCCAACGGCAGAAGCUCUAUUGUAUGGUGUCCUUCAAUUACAAAAGAAGGUCAAAAAUAUGAAAACUGCGCAAGUUUGGUACAGGAACUAAUAAAUAUCUGAUAAUUGUAGCAAUUUAUGUAUAAAUAAUUUUAUUACAAUAUGAAAUAUAGUAAGGUAAUAAAUGAAACCACGAAUUAUUUUAAAUAACGAUUAAAAGUGAUACUUGCUUCUUGAAAUGACUUAAUUUAUUAUGUAACCAUAUUUUUGUCUAAAGGUUUCUUUUCAUUUCUCAUCAAUUUCGUCAUUAUUUACAACCAUUGAAAGCUAUUUGUAAAUACUAUGAAUAAAAAAACUCAAAAGUGAUAA